GGUGUUCAUGGAGUCCCCCAAAAUCCUGAAGAGCUCUCAAACUUUCGACAGAAGUCUGAGAAGGCUUCAAAGAACCAGGUUCAUACCCCACCAAAGGAGCUGUCAGUAGCCAAUGGGACUUCCCACUCCCCUCUGAUGAGGAAGAACACGAGGGUGGAAGGUUACAAUCCUGAAUCCAAGUCCAGACUGAGAAGAACUGGUUGGACUUGCAAGGAAUGUUCACAGUGGAUCCCCGAUCGGGAAACCUAUGUGUCCCACAUGAAGAGAAGUCAUGGAAGGUCUAUGAAGAGAUAUCCCUGUCGACAGUGUGAACGCUCAUUUAAUGCCUCCAACAGUCUGCGUAGACACAUCCGCAAUAAUCACGACACAGCAAAGAAAGUUUAUACUUGCUGGUACUGCACAGAUGAAAAUCAGACAUUUCCUCAGCCGUUCAUGCUGGAGAAUCACAUCAACCUCAUGCACGGCAUCAGAAACCCAGACUUAUCCCAGAUGGCCAAAGCAAAAGCUCCAGAGGGAGACACAGCAGAAGCAAAAUCUCCAAAGAGGAUGGCAAUGGAUGAGCUGGGUCAGGCAGAGACCGCUGCGGGUUCAGACACGCCGCCAGCCAAAAAACUGAAAGCGCAUUGGAAAUGCGCUAAAUGCGGAUUUGCGACAGACAUCAGUACUGAGUUUCAGGAACACAUACCUCGGCACAAGACAGACAGCUCCACCUACCAGUGCUUGUUCUGCGGCUUGUGCUACACCUCUCACAUCUCUCUGAACAGACACCUCUUCAUUGUUCAUAAA